GAGCAAAAAGUGUGUUUUGCUGUGCGUUUGUCCGAGGCAUUCGCGGGUGUAGUUUUCCUUCUCUGUGUCGGCAAAGAAGUCAGUGGCGUGGAGGAGAUGGAGGGCGGUGGCAUAGAGGUGUCGAGCCUCAACUUCGCCUACGAGGGCCUGCCGCCUCUUUUCACCAGGUUUAACCUCGACGUCUCUCCCGGAUCUCGAUGCCUCCUCGUUGGUGCCAAUGGAUCCGGUAAAACUACACUUUUGAAGAUUUUGGCGGGAAAGCACAUGGUUGGAGGAAGGGAUGUAGUGCGUGUUCUUAAUGCUUCUGCAUUUCAUGAUACACGGCUUGUCUGCAGUGGUGAUCUUGCUUAUCUAGGGGGCUCAUGGAGCAAAACUGUUGGAUCUGCUGGAGAUAUUCCACUCCAGGGUGAUUUUUCUGCCGAGCACAUGAUUUUUGGAGUUGAAGGGAUUGAUCCUGCCAGGAGAGAGAAGUUGAUUGAUCUUCUUGAUAUCAAUCUGCAGUGGAGGAUGCAUAAAGUUUCUGAUGGACAACGCCGCCGUGUCCAGAUAUGCAUGGGUCUUCUCUACCCAUACAAGGUUCUUCUGCUUGAUGAGGUUACAGUUGAUUUAGAUGUUGUCACAAGAAUGGAUCUCCUCGAGUUCUUCACGGAAGAAUGUGAACAGAGAGGAGUUAUCAUUGUUUAUGCAACCCAUAUUUUUGAUGGACUGGAAACAUGGGCAACGCAUGUGGCAUACAUCCAAGAUGGUGAUUUGAAGAGGUCAGGAAAACUUUCAGACAUCAUUGAACUGAAAAGUGCCAACAAUUUGCUAUCAGUUGUUGAGUCAUGGCUUCGAUCAGAGUCAAAACUCCCAAAAAAGGAACUCAUCAAACCUAUCAGCGCUGUUGCCAGAUCAAGUACGCUCUCUCCUUUUGAUUCAUCUCCUUUUAGAUCAUCUCGGCAUAUGGCAUACUACCGCUGAUUAUAGAAAGCUAGUGUUCAGUUCAUCUAUGGCUAUUUCACUAUUUCCAUCUCAUUUCUUUGCUAUAUGAUGUGGAUUUUUUUUUUUUUCCCGUUCUCUUCUGAGUUCUUCCCACUGAAAGAAUCCAAGUAAGAUGGACCAUGAAAUACUGAUGUACUUGAGAAAUUCUGUGGUAGCAAGAUAUGCUGUGAUGAUGCUUCAGAUUGUCUUUAGUGAGUAAAAAAGAUUAUCUUAUUUUAGUUGUCAAUUUUUACUAUGAGUGAAAAAUUGGAUAAUAUGGUUUAAGAUAAUAUAAAUUUUAUUCAUCA